UGCUCUCGUCCCGGUAAAGGCGCUAUCCGGAAUGAUGGAAGGAGAUGGGGAUAAUAAAUCCCGGAUUUAAGACGGUGACAAUUCGAUGACAAUUCGAUGACAAUUCGAGAUUUGAUGGCUGAGCCCUCUCAUCCCAAAACCUAUUAAACAUGACUGGAUCGAUUGAUUCUAGGCCAUGGAAAUCAUCCAUCGACAUUUUACUCCUCCAUUCUUGCAAUGCCUCCCGCCAACCAAGCCGCGAAGCUCCCUAACAGCAAACAGGAGCUGCAAAUCACCACGGCGCCGUAUCCACGCCUAAAAUCGGAUCAAAUUGUCGUCAAGAAUGCCGCUCUGGCAGUCAACCCCAUGGACUGGAUCAUCCAGGACCGUGGUAAAAUGGCGGUGUCACAUAUGGAAUACCCCUUCACUCUAGGCUUCGACAUCGCCGGGGAAGUUGUGGAGGUAGGCCAGAGUGUAACCCGUUUUGCAGUGGGUGACCGAGUUGUAGCCUACGCUCCGGGACUGGGCAAAAAUAUCCACGACCAGGCCCAGAGUGCGUUCCAGUUGUACACUGCCGUGCCCGAGCAGACCGCCAGCAAAAUCCCUGACAGUCUCCCCUAUGAAAAGGCGGCUGUGCUGCCCCUCGGCAUCAUGACAGCUGGGGCAAGUUUGUUCGAUGAGAAGCAAUUAAAUCUCGCAGCGCCGCGCCCGGUCAAGCCGGAAUUGAAAGGGGAGACCGUGAUCAUCUGGGGAGGGUCGACGAGUGUUGGGCUCAACGCUGUUCAGCUGGCAGUGGCAGCUGGGUAUGAAGUCUUCACUACUUGUUCGCCGCGAAACUUCCCCUUGCUGGAACGACUCGGGGCGGCUCGAGUAUUCGACUACAACAGCCCGACUAUUGUUCACGACAUAGUCACGGCGAUGAAAGGCAAAACGACCGCCGGAGCAGUCGCUCUCGGUGUGACCGCUGCCAGCGCUUUAUUUGAUAUCCUCGACCGAUGUGAGCGUGGUAACAAAUUCAUUGCAAUGGCCAGUUACCCGGUGCCGCAAAAGCCGCCCAAGUUCUUCGGAACUCCCUACACGAUUUUGUACUUUCUCUCCUCGAUGAUCUCAUACGCCAUCAAAAGUCGUACUAGGGGUAUCGGAUACCGGCUGGUAGAGGUGCAGGGACUACUGGAGAAUGGCGUUGGCAAAGAACUCUGGCAGGAUUUCCUGGGUGAAGCCCUUGCGAAUGGCAGUUUUGUCCCGGAGCCGCAGCCUGAAGUUGUGGGAAAGGGUCUCGAGAAACUGCAGGAGGCACUGGAAGUCCAGAAGGAGGGCGUGAGUGCGAAAAAGAUUGUAGUCACCCUUUAGACACGUUUACCACCUUUGCCUUUUAUCAUUUUUCUUUCUUUCUUUUUUUUUUUUUUUUUGUUUUGCCUGCC